AUGUUGAUUCUCAGGCCUCUUUUAAUAUCUCUUGGUGUUGCCAGUGCAUACGCAGCCACAGCCACAACAUCUGCACAAACAUCAUCUGUCACCGGGUGUCACAAUCAUGGUUCAAGCAUAUACUGUAUCAAGGGUGAUGGCCAAGAAGUUCUAGUAUCUGCAUCUUCUACCCCCACCACUGGGAUACCGGCCCAGUAUACUGGUUGUCACACACAUGGCAGCUCAUCAUACUGCAUGGACGCAGAUGGAAAUGAUGUUCUCAUUGAAGAAGAAGCCACAGCAGAGAGUACAGAUGAGCACAGUGAGGACGAUCACGAAGAGUCCUCCAGCGGGACUGAACAAAAUUGCCAUUUCCAUGCUGGUGUUGAACACUGUGUCGGAGCAGGAGCAUCAGAAGACAGUCAUGCCUCAUGUGGCAUUCAGACCAGGGACUAUGAUGUUCCCUUGCGCAUUGGAACAUUGUUUGUCAUCCUGGUAACAAGUGCAAUCGGUGUUUUCGCACCUAUCCUUCUGAUGAAGCUUCCAUUUGCCUCAAUCAACGGUGUUGUCUCGACUGUCAUCAAGCAAUUUGGAACCGGUAUUAUUCUUUCUACGGCCUUUGUCCACCUGUAUACGCACGCCAACCUCAUGUUCACCAACGAGUGUCUUGGCGAGCUUGAUUACGAGGCGACAACUUCCGCGAUCGUCAUGGGUGGCAUUGCUCUCGCUUUCUUGCUGGAGUACAUUGGCCACAGGAUCAUCGUUGCUCGUAACCGCAGGAAUGCUGGAGGAGACUCGAUUGAAACUGAAGCUCAACCAACAACCACCAAGGGACAACAUGGUGACUCACCAGAGCAACAACCGCAGUCAACACUGGCGUCUCUCAGUCACAGUCACGGUGCAUCUGAUCCCACGCAGCCCACCAACAAAUUCUCUGUGCUUGUCAUGGAAGCAGGUGUGCUCUUCCACAGUAUCCUGAUUGGUCUUACCCUUGUCGUUGCUGGUGACUCUUUCUACAAGACACUUCUGGUCGUCAUUGUUUUCCAUCAAUUCUUCGAGGGCUUGGCGCUUGGUGCUCGUAUUGCGACUCUUCCAGGUGCCAUUCUGCCUUCCAAGGCCGCCAUGGGAGCGGCGUUUGCAUUAAUCACACCCAUUGGCAUGGCGAUCGGGCUUGGUGUCUUGAACUCAUUCAAUGGAAAUGAGCGAAGCACUCUGAUUGCGCUUGGAACACUUGAUGCACUCUCUGCUGGUAUUCUGGUGUGGGUAGGCGUCGUGGACAUGUGGGCACGUGAUUGGGUGAUCGAGGGAGGCGAAAUGUUGAACGCGCCAGUGAGCAAAGUUCUGACUGGUGGUCUUUCUUUGAUCACUGGAAUGAUCUUAAUGGGCGUGUUGGGAAAAUGGGCUUGA